UUAUCAUUUACGACAGUUGACCAGUCAAUCAAUCAACCAUAUACAUUUUCAGUCUUUUAACUACAAGAGUGCAUAUAGUUGUCGAUAACCAUGGAGGUUGCAAAAGCUCAAAUUACUCAAGGUGCCUUGAAGUAAGUACAUUUAACCUUUUAAAUCAUUUUUCUAUACUAACUGUUCGUAGUGCAAUCUUCAAUGACACUGAUCGUGUGGUAAAGGACUUUCCAGUACCAGUAUGCCAAGUGGUACAAAUCAAACCAAUGGGUGCGGGAGUAAAUGGACAGGCCGAAAGAUUCAGACUGGUUGUGAGCGACAUUCAGAACUUUGUACAGUGCAUGCUUGCCACUCGUAAGUAGAAUCCAGUUGUAGCUAUUUAGGCCUUUGCCAGCACGAUUUGACUGAUGAGAUUUCAGAGGCAAAUCAUGUAAUACACGAUGGAAAAUUGACAAAAGGUUGCUUCAUUCGUCUGAAGAACUACCAGGCAAAUGAAGUUAAAGGCAAAAGGUCAGUUGGAUAUUCACAGAUGUCUUCCUAUGGGAUGUUGUUGCCUAACUUUUUUUUUUAGAAUUUUGAUUAUUCUCGAUGUCGAUGUCAUCGAGAGUUUGGGAACGAUGGAAAAGAUCGGAGAACCAACUGCGGUCAAGGUCGAAGAAGAUGUCAAACCACACAAUACUACAAUUGGCGGAGGUGGCUUUUAUGGAACUAAACCUCAACCCCAACAACCUGCCGCUCAAGAUCGUGCGCUCCCAUCCCGCAAUGGUCCGUCCAACUCCUCGUCUCACGCCACCAUAUAUCCUAUUGAGUCACUAUCACCGUACGCUCAUAAAUGGACAAUCAAAGCAAGAGUUACGAGUAAAUCGGAUAUCAGAACAUGGCACAAACAAAACAGUGAAGGCAAGCUCUUUAGCGUCAAUCUUCUGGAUGAGAGUGGCGAGAUUAAGGCAACGGGCUUCAACGAGCAGUGCGACGCUUUAUAUGAGCUUUUCCAGGAAGGCAACGUCUAUUAUAUUACGAGUCCUUGUCGAGUUCAAAUUGCGAAGAAGCAAUUUUCCAAUAUCAAUAAUGACUACGAGCUCAUGUUCGAACGAGAUACCCUGGUGGAGAAAGCCGAAGACCAAGAUAAUGUCCCUCAAGUACGAUACAACUUUUCCAACAUUGGAGAUUUACAAACAAUCGAAAAAGACAGCACAGUUGAUCUCAUCGCUGUGCUCAAGGAAGUUGGAGAAACCUCAGAAAUUACGUCAAAGACGACUAAUAAACCAUACAGCAAGAGAGAGUUGACAUUAGUUGAUGAUACUGGAUAUUCCGUCAGAUUAACUAUAUGGGGCAAGACUGCAACCUCUUUUGAUGCUAGCCCGGAGUCGGUCGUAGCCUUUAAGGGUGUCAAAGUUUCCGAUUUUGGGGGUAGAAGUCUAAGUUUGCUGUCUUCUGGUUCCAUGUCCUUUGACCCGGAUAUUCAAGAAGCCCACAAGCUUAAGGGAUGGUACGACUCCCAAGGUCGCACAGAAAACUUUGCCUCACAUAGCAACAUGGCUAGUGCUGGAGCAGCAGGCGGCCGUCAGGACCCCUCAAGACCGUUGCCCAAAUCAAAGAGGAAGGUCUUGGAAUGUCCGAGGAGAACACAGAUUAUUUUUCAAUCAGAGCCACCAUCGUCUACAUCAAACAAGACAAUUUCUGCUACCCCUGCUGUCUCAACGAAAAUUGCAGUAAAAAAGUCGUCGACCAAAAUGAUGGCACAUGGCGCUGCGAAAAAUGUAACCAAACCCAUCCUAAAGCCGAAUAUCGCUACAUCCUCUCCCUAAACGUCAAUGAUCAUACCGGCCAAUUAUGGUUAACGGCAUUUGAAGAAGUGGGAAGACUCAUAAUGGGAAUGAGUGCAGAUGAGAUGAUGGAGUUGAAGGAAAAUGAUCAGUCGGCCUUGGAAAAGGUAUUCGAUGAUGCAAAUUGCAAGAUGAUAAUAUUCAAAUGCAGAGGCAAAACGGAAAACUUCCAAGAGCAAGCGAGGUAUGUGAACUUCAACUUUAUAUUCUCACGACUUCAAUUCGCGAACGUGUGACUAACCAUCAAUUGCAGGGUCCGUUAUCAAGUCAAUUCUGCUUCGGCUGUGAACUAUGGUGUUGAUGCCUUGAAGUUGGCGGAGAUGAUCAAGGCGUAUAAUAUUGAUUAGAUGUAUAAGUAUAUGGCUAGCAUGUUGCGAUUAUAACCUAAGAAUAAGAAAAUGAGGUUGGUGGCGCCUGAGGCUGGCGAGCUUUAUCAAUGAGCAUGAUACGUUUGAUGAAUUGGUGAAUGUACUUCAUACAAUUUGGCGUUGCGUGGUUACUCUCAUUUCAUGUCCAAUAAGCCGAUAAAGUUUUGCAC